AUGGCGACAGCCAGUGAACGUGUUCCUCUCCUCUGGCAGGCCCCCGAGUGUAGAAGAGCUGCUUCGCGAGGCGCAGCUCAAUCUCCAGAGCCUGUUGCAAGCCUUCCUAGACAUGACCCCACCCACAGUGGAACCAGAUCUAUACAAGCUCAAAGUGUGUCUCCACUGUGCUAUUUUUCAGAAGAAUAUGAGGAACAGUACUCGGAAGCCAGACUUCUGGGGCAGACCUUCCGCUCUUCUGAUGAGGCCCCUGAGCCCACCCCCAGCUCAAGGCCCCAGUCUGCCAAACGUCUGGAAUUUGUGUUGAUGCCUACAAAACGGCAGCUGAGUGAGGAUGAGACUACCACCCAGGGUGUGAGGGCCCCUGAGGCCUCCCUGAGCCUGUCUACAGCCGACAAGCCAACUGCCUGGAAUGGCCCCUUCCCUCUGCCCAUCCUAGAGGAAAAGCGGUGGCCUCAGCCCUGCUCCACGCAGUCUGAUCUUGUGCCCAUCAACAUCUCUGGACAGCAGUUUGAUAAACAUGCAAGUUUGCGACACUCGUUGUUUAACACAGAAACAGCCGUGAACCCCAAGUCCACCCUGAGGCGGAGGCGGACCAUUAUUGGAUUCUCUAACUUUUCCCAGCGAGACCAAGGUCACAGCAACAGCCCGGCAGGCAGUGUGGCUCGACCUAUCACCUCAGACACCAGGCCUGGCCACUCAGCUCCACAAAGUGUUCAUGGAAGAGUUGCUGUUGGGCAGGAAGCUUGGUUCCCAAAUCUCUCCUCUCCAGGACUGAGAAAUCCAUCUAGUGAGCCCGAAGACCCUCACCAGGCACUUGGUGGCCCAGACCCUCCUGGCAUGGAGAGCAUGGGAAUGGUGUAUAGUGUCCCCAGUUCUUGCAAUGGACCAACAGAAUCAACGUUCUCUGCUUCCUGGAAGGGAGAUGCUUUUACCUACAUAACUCCAAGUGCCACCAGCCAGAGCAGUCAAGUCAAUGAAAAUGGAAAAAAUCCUUCCUCGGGGAAUUCUUGGGUCUCUCUGAAUACACUUCCACCUCUGGUUCCUAAAGAAGCAGCUUCCCUUUUUGUCACCCGCGAUAACCCAGCAGGGUGCAGUGGGUUAACUGGCUACUCUGAGCACCCUACUCAACGAAGGCAAGUGCCAGAAAGACCCCCUAAGAUUGGCCUUCUGACUGGUGGUACCUCAAGGCUUGAGACAGGCCCAGGUGGGACCAGCAGAUUUCGGGAGCGGUCAUUAUCUGUGCCCACAGACUCAGGAACCACAGAUGUAGACUACGAAGAAGAACAGAAGGCCAGUGAGGCCUGUGCUCUGCCUUAUGCCAGUACAAGCUCUGAGGGCAGUAACAGUGCUGACAACAUUGCAUCCCUUAGUGCUGAGCAGGAGGCCCGUCACAGAAGGCAGAGAUCCAAGAGUAUCUCACUCAAGAAGGCCAAAAAGAAGCCUUCUCCACCAACACGCAGUGUCUCACUGGUCAAAGAUGAGCCAGUCCUCUUGCCAGAAGGUGGAUCAGCAUUGCCCAAGGACCAGAGGCCCAGGAGCCUUUGCCUCUCUUUGGAACACCAAGGACAUAACCCAUCCCAUCCAGAUGCUCAGGGUCACCCAGCUGUGCCAACCCUCAAAGAUUCAGAAGGUACACAAUUCUCCCACCACUGGUAUCUUACUGACUGGAAGUCUGGUGACACCUACCAAUCUUUGUCUAGCUCCAGCACUGCCACUGGCACCACAGUCAUUGAGUGUACCCAAGUUCAAGGCAGCUCAGAAUCUCUUGCCUCUCCUUCCACCUCCAGAGCCACGACACCUUCCCAACUCUCCAUCGAGGUGGAGGCCAGAGAAGUAUCCUCCCCAGGAAGGCCCACUGGACUGAUGUCACCUUCCAGUGGAUACUCCAGCCAGUCAGAGACACCAACACCCACUGUCUCCAUGUCCUUGACCCUGGGCCACUUACCCAGUUCAAGCAGCAGUGUCCGGGUACGUCCAGUGGUACCUGAAAGAAAGUCAUCACUACCCCCAACAUCACCAAUGGAGAAAAUUUCCAAGUCACGGCUAUCAUUUGACCUACCAUUGACCUCUUCAGCCAACCUAGAUCUGUCUGGGAUGAGUAUCUCCAUCCGCAGUAAAACCAAGGUGAGCCGCCAUCACUCAGAUACCAAUUUUGGGGCCAAGCUGGCACAGAAAACUAGUCCCAACCAGCCAGUCAUGCCCAUGGUUACUCAGUCUGACUUGCGUUCUGUUCGUCUGAGGUCAGUCAGCAAGUCUGAGCCAGAAGAUGACAUUGAGAGCCCAGACUAUGCUGAGGAACCCACAGCAGAAGUCUUCACCUUGCCAGAAAGAAAGGUGAAACCUCCUGUAGCUGAGAAGCCUCCACUGGCCCGAAGGCCUCCAAGCUUGACCCAUAAACCACCAUCUGUCCCAGAGGAAUACCCACUAACUUCACCUGUGACCCCCAAGAAUGCCAUUCAACCUGUGAGGCCGCUCCCCCAAGACAGCUACACGGUGAUGCGGAAACCAAAGCCCUCUAGCUUCCCUGAUGCCCGGAGCCCAGGGGAGUCAACAGGACCCUCAUCUCUUGUUUUCACGCCUUUUGCCAGUUCCUCUGGUGCUUUCUUCUCAGGAACACAGCAACCUCCCCAGGGAUAUAUGGGGGACGAAGGCCUCAAGGUGAGAGCCCUGCCUGAAAGAAUUAGCCUCCAGAGCCAGGAAGAAGCCGAGAGAAAGACGGGCAAGAUUCCACCUCCUGUACCAAAAAAGCCCAGUGUGCUGUACCUGCCUCUCACUUCUCCAGUAGCUCAGAUGGAGGCCCAUGUGGCAGAACCAAGACUGCCUCUCAGUCCCAUCAUCACCCUGCAGGAAGAUACCAAGUGUCCCCCCAUCAGGGAUGACCUGCCUGGUAAAAGGACAACUUCAGCUCCAAAGUUUGACAGUGAAAAGGAGGCAAGCUCUCUGGGGAGUUCUGUGGAGCCAAGCACCGAAGAGAAAAGUUUAAUCAGUGAUAAAACAGCCGAAUGGAUUGCGGAGGAGGAUGAUGACGUGUUUGUGGCUUCACGCACAACUGAAGAUUUAUUUACUGUGAUACACAGGUCCAAAAGAAAACUGCUUGGCUGGAAGGAGCCUGGAGAGGGUUUUGCCAGCAGCAGACCAAGCUCUCACUCACCGGUAAAGAACACAGCUGAUUCUCCAAUCAGUGAGCCUGCCACCACUGCAGGGUCAAGCGGCAUUGCCAGCCUAGAUGCUGGCAGAAAUGAUGAUUUCAAGGCCUUGCUCCUGAAGAAGGGAAGUAAGGCAGCUCCAAGGUCCCGCCCCUCAGCAGCUGAACUGCUGAAGACCACUAACCCACUGGCUAGGAGAAUUAUUGCACAGUUUUCAAAAGACUAUGAAAACACCGAUAACUCCAGUACCUAA